AUGGCGUCUGAGAGUGCUGCUCGGUCAAGUUCGGCUGCCGAUUCCUACAUUGGCAGCUUGAUAAGCUUGACCUCUAAGAGUGAAAUCAGAUACGAAGGCAUUCUUUACAACAUCAACACUGAAGAGUCCAGUAUUGGUCUAAGAAAUGGAUUGUCACGAGCCAUAGAUCUGUGGUGCGUGUCACGCGCAACAGAGCGGUGGUGCGUGUCAAGUGCCAUAGAGUUGUUGUGGUGGGUGAGGCAGCGUAUAGCUGCUUGGGUCUUAGGAUUACAGCAAACAAAGGUGCGAUCUUUUGGAACAGAAGGAAGAAAAAAGGAUGGCCCACAAAUUCCUGCUGGUGACAAGGUUUAUGAGUAUAUACUUUUCCGUGGAACUGACAUCAAGGAUUUACAGGUUAAAUCUUCUCCACCUGUCCAGUCUACCCCACAAGUCAAUAAUGACCCAGCUAUUAUUCAGUCUCACUAUCCUCGCCCAGUCACCUCAUCUGCAAGUGUGCCUUCUCCUGUAAGUGGGUCUUUGCCCGAUCUUAGCUCCCAUACCCCUCAGCUUGGACUUCCUGGGUCAAAUUUUCAAGGGCCAUUACCUUUGUAUCAACCUGGAGGGAACAUAGGAUCAUGGGGAGCUUCUCCACCUGCUCCAAAUGCAAAUGGUGGUAGAGUUGCUAUGCCAAUGUAUUGGCAAGGAUAUUAUGGUGCCCCAAAUGGGCUUACUCAUUUACACCAACAAUCUCUGCUUCAACCCCCACCUGGUUUAUCAAUGCCUUCAUCUAUGCAGCAGCCAAUGCAGUAUCCCAAUUUCAGUCCUUUACCUACUGUAUCUUCUAAUUUGCCAGAAUUACCGUCAUCUUUGCUGCCUGUGAGUAGUAGUAUCCCUAGUGUAACAUCUGCUUCAUUGCCUCCAGCACCAUCUGCUUUGCCUCCUGCGCCUUCUGCCUUGCCUCCUGCACCUUCUGCUUUACCUCAUGCAUCUUCUGCCUUAACUACUGGACCCUCUGCAACUCUGGCUUCUGAAAUUUUACCAGUAUCAGUAACAAACAAGGCACCCAAUGUUUCAACUUCAGCAGUCAGUUCAGCUUCUAACUUACCAUCACUGACUUCACUGACCAAUUCUGGUCCUGAUAUAAAUGCUUUAGUGCCACCAAUCUCCAGUAAACCAAAUGCAAUUUCAGGUUCAAGUUUACCCUAUCAAACUAUACCCCAGCUGUCUCCUGCAGUUGUUGGAUCAUCAACUUUUAUCCAUGCAGAAACAUCAACUCCUUCUUUGAUAACCCCGGGUCAAUUGUUGCAACCUGGACCAACUAUAGUUUCUUCAGCUCAGCCUUCACAAGCAUCUCACAAGGACGUUGAAGUUGUUCAGGUAUCAUCACCAUCAUCUCCUGAGCCAACCCUGCCAGUUUCUGCUGUAAUUCAACCACCAAUUCUGCCAUUGCCAGUAACCUCGCGGCCUAGUCACAGGCCCGGUGGUGUUCCUACCCAAACUCAUCAUGCCUAUAGUUACAGAGGACGCGGAAGAGGAAGAGGAAUUGGGGGUUUGCGCCCAGUCACAAAAUUCACUGAAGAUUUUGAUUUCAUGGCAAUGAAUGAGAAGUUCAAAAAGGAUGAAGUAUGGGGUCAUCUUGGUAAAAGCAAGUCUCAUUCAAAAGACAAAGAUGGGGAAGAAAUUGCGUAUGAUGAUGACUACGAAGAUAAUGAAGACAAUAAUGAUUUAUCAAACUUUGAUGUUAAGCCUAUUUAUAACAAGGAUGACUUCUUUGACUCGCUCUCCUCCAACGUGCAUGAUAAUGCUUCACGGAAUGGAAAGACUAGAUACUCUGAACAAGUCAAGAUUGAUACUGAGACGUUUGGCGAUUUUGAGAGGUACCGUGGUGGUCGAGGUGGCCGUGGCACUGGCCGCGGUGGACGAACUCGAGGUGGUUAUUAUGGAAGAGGAGGAGGAGGCUCGUAUGGCUAUUCUGGAAGAGGAAGAGGUCGUGGUGGCAUGCAUAGUCACGCCUUUUAG